GCGAUAUGUCAGAAAAAUUUGAGAAACAAGUUCCAAUCCAACGGCUGAAAAUGAAAAAUAGGAAUACGCAAUCCCUCUCCCUCUUUCUAUAAAUAUUGAAUACCACACGCUGACUUGCGCCACAAGUGUCUCUGAAACUAAAAACAUUUUCACCAAUUUUCGCGUGAGGCUCUCACUAGCUCGUCUCUUGUUCGUAAUUCGCUGAAACAUGGCCGACGAGGAUGACGACUUCCAUCCCGGCGACGGAGAUUCCCAGACCUAUACUCUGAAGGCUGGUGACAUCCGUAAGGGUGGUUACAUCGUCAUCAAGGGUCGUCCCUGCAAGGUGGUUGAGGUUUCGAUUUCAAAGACUGGGAAGCACGGUCAUGACAAAUGUCACUUUUUUGCCGUUGAUAUCUUCACUUCUGAGAAGCUCGAAGAUAUUGUUCCUUCUUCCCACGAUUGUGAUGUUCCAGUGGUGAAGGUAACUGCGUACGAUUUGAUUGAUAUCUUGGAAGAUGGCUCUGUCACCGUUAUGGGUGACGAUGGUGUCGUUAAGACUGAUGUGAAGCUCCCAACAGAUGAAGCUCUGCUCAAGGCGGGAAUUAAAGAGGGCAGGAAAAUGGUCGUCUCUGUCAUUUCUGCAAUGGGAGAGUAUAUGAUAACUGCCGUGAGGGAUGCUGCUCCGAACUAGCAUUCUGCUCUGCUCCUCCUCUCUUACGGAGUAUAUUUUAUCAUCAUCAGUUCAUUGACGGAUUCAAAUAUUAUAAGAUAACGUUUGGUCUCUUUUUUCCUUUUUAAUAAUUGUAAGCCAAUAUGUGUUAUGUGGCUUAAAAGUUACUGUUGUGGAAUAAGUUACUUUAUCUCUAUAUUGGUCUUUCAUUUGGUUGUGGAAUACGUUACUGGUGUGGAAUUAUCUAUCGUGUAUUGGUUUUUGGUUGUGCGAUAAGUUAUUGUUGAGUGUUGACCACUCCAAAGCUAUACUAUAAAUUAAUAUUACUCUUAUGUGUUUGUGGAUGUGACAUUCUCAAAUCGUAAAGG